GCAGUUGUUUGUAUAUAUAUAUUGCAAUUUGCAGCUGGUGAGAGGUUGCUAGUACCUGGGGUUGCCGGCAAGUGAUGCAAAGAGCCGAAGAGCGUAGUACUAUCGAGAAGUAUCAUCGGGUCCCACCAUUUUUUAACGAGCUGCGCUGUGUCACUAUCUGGUUUGGAAGAUCCCACCAGCUUCGUUGGAUUGGUGUCUCAUCCUGAUGAAACUUCCUGGGUACCGUGAGAGAGCUGAGGUGGUCCACAAGGGUGGUGAGCACUGUGGUGGCAGUGAGAGGGUGUGUGUGUCCAUGCAUGAGUGAGACAGGACUGUCUCUUGUGGAAGGAAAUGGCUGCAGCCCAAGAGACAGCAAUUACUUGGGAAUUGCUAAAGCAGGGGAUAGAGCCAAAAAUCAAAAUGGAGGAACAAGACUCAGCAGGUCUUGUACCAAGGGAAGAAGCAGAAAAAGCAGAUCAACUCAAAAUAGGGAGUGCCUGCGAGGUUCUCUCUGGGGAAUCGCCACAGCCAGUGAAACAAGAGCCAGAUGAAGAGCUGUCUCAAAACUGGGAUGCCCAGUUGCAAGAAUUCCUGAAGACACUUCAGAUUCCUUCUUCUGGCGGGGACAGCCCACAGCUGCCUGAACGAAGGCAGUGGAAUGAUUGUCAGACGUCUCGCAUGCCUUCUGAGGGAGUGACAGAAACCAGCAAGUGGCCUGGUGGACUGUGGGCUUCUCAACUCCAACCGAUUCCCGCUGGAGAAAUAAAGCAGGAUGUUGAAGCCAUGAGCUGUGGGAAGAAGAAGGAGAGAGUCCGGACUGGAGUUACCGUUGGGGUGGAGAUAUGGCGCCAGCGCUUCAGGAAGCUGUGCUAUCAAGAAGCCAGUGGGCCUCGAGGGACUUGCCGGCAGCUGCAGGAGCUUUGCUGCCAGUGGCUCAGGCCGGAGAGGCACACCAAGGAGCAGAUCUUGGAGUUGCUGAUCCUGGAGCAGUUUCUGGCCAUCCUGCCCCCAAAGAUGCAGAACUGGGUCAGAGAAAGCAGUCCAGAGAACUGCAUCCAGGCAGUGACUCUGGCGGAGGAUUUCCUUAAAGUGCCGCAAGGUCCCAAAGGAUGGAAACAGCAGAUUAAGAGAUCAUCAGAAGAUAUGGUUAUAAAUCUACCUAGGACAAGUCAGACAGUACCAGGCACGGCGAAGAAACAGCAUUUUAUGGAAGCUGAGCAGUGUGUUGAUGGAAGUGCAGAUUUUUCAGCAGGUGAUGGGUGGCUGAAUGAAAACGAGGAGCAAAAGCCCUUUCUGGAAAGCCCUGAGCAAGAGGAACAACAGACAGUGUCUUUGGAAACAGCCAAAGAGAACCAUUCCCUGUGUGCUGGAGAAGGUGAUGAGAAUCAGUGCAGGGCAGAGAGGCAGAAUGGAAAUGAUAAUGAGAAGGAGGUGACUUGGUCUGUAUUUAAUGAAGGCACUUGCCACGAUCUUGAUCAAGCCGCAGUCCAGCAGUGGGGAGAUAAAGUGAAAGACGAAAUGUGCGAAGAAAGCUUGACUCAGAACUCACACCUUCCUUCCAGCGAGAGCAUUCACAUGGAAGAGAAACCAUAUAAGUGUUGGCAUUGUGGUGAAAGUUUUGGUAGCAGUUCUGAUCUUGUGUCACAUGAGAGAACUCACGUCGGGGAGAAACUGUAUAAAUGUGCCCACUGUGGAGAAAGUGAGAGAACCCACACGGGGCAGAAGCCGCAUAAGUGCACACAUUGUGGGAAUACCUUUGGGUGGAACUCUCAAGAGGGAAUACCUGCUGGUGAGAAGCCCUAUACCUGCUCAGAGUGUGGGAAAAGUUGCAGUCAGAGAUCAGACCUCCUUAAACACCAGAGGACUCACACAGGAGAGAAACCUUACAAAUGUGCUGUGUGUGGGAAAAACUUCACAAACAUUUCGGGUCUCAAAGUCCAUCAGAGAAUCCACACGGGAGAGAAACCAUACAAAUGCUCGCACUGUGGGAAAUGUUUCAGUUGGAGUUCUCACUUCAUGUCUCAUGAGAGAAUCCACACAGCAUUGUGUUCGUACUGUGGGAAAAGCUUCAGUCAAAAGUCAGACCUUGUAGAACAUGAACGAACCCAUGCGGCAGAGGAGGCGUUUGCAUGCUUUGCCUGCGGGAAAACGUUUGAAAUCAGCUCAGAACUGGUUGCGCAUGUCCGGAUGCACAAAGAGAAGCCUUUUGAAUGCUCAGUCUGUGGAAAAACCUUCCGGAACAGCUUGCAACGGAUUGCACAUCAGAAAGUUCAUACGGGAGAAAAACAGCAUAAAUGCUCCCACUGUGGGAAAAGUUUUAGCCAGCGGCAGAGUCUGAUUAUUCAUGAGAGAAUCCAUACAGGAGAAAAACCGUAUAAAUGCUUAGUGUGUGGGAAAAACUUCAGAAAUGUCCCAAAUCUUAAAUCGCAUGAGAGGACCCAUACGGGAGAGAAACCAUAUAAAUGCUCCUACUGUGACAAAAGCUUCCGGUGGAGCUCUCACUUGGUGCUGCAUGAAAGAAUCCACACGGGAGAGAAGCCUUACAGAUGUUCAGACUGUGGGAGAGCCUUUGACCGGAGAUCCAAUCUCCUUGUGCAUGUGAGAAUCCACACUGGGCAGAAACCUUACAGCUGUUCAGACUGUGGGAAAAGCUUCACCUCAAAUUCUGUUCUUCUUCGACAUCAGAAAAUCCAUGCAGGAGAGGACCCUUGUACUUGCUCAGAAUGCGGGAGAGUAUUCUGGCAGCGAUCCGAUCAGAGCGACCGUAUUGGAGAGAAGGUAUCAAAAUGUACCGAAUGCUUAAGAAGCCACUAUCUGAGCUCGGAUCUGGUGGUACGUGCAAGAAACUGUGCGGAGGAAAAACUGUUUGAGUGCUCAAUCUGCAGGAAGCGUUUUCGAAAUAGCUCGCACCUCCUCACCCAUCAGAGUGUCCACACGGGCGUUCAGCCGUAUCAGUGCUCGGACUGUGGGCGGAACUUUGUGAGAAGACCCAAUCUUCUUGCACCCAUGAGUGAUCACGCAGGGCAAAAACCAUACAAAUGUUCAGAUUGUGAGAAAAGCUUGAGUUAGAAUUGGUUGUUGUGAGGUGGUAGGAUAGUGGCUAGCCAUGGUGCUGUCUGGUUGACCUUGGGCCAGUCUCUCUUGAACAUUAUCAGGAUGAAAUGGAGAGGGGGGUGGACCACAUAUAUCAAGCUGAACUCCUUGUUUUGUUAGCUACUCUGUCUGUUUGCUUCUCCCUUGCUUUUUGAAAUCAACAUGUAAGAUCCUUGGGGAAGGAAUCCGUGUUUUGCUCAUGACGCUCUCUAAGGUGAUUAUCCUAAAAAUACAAUUGGAUGCAAGAAAGAAAUCAGAUAAGUGUUUAUUCUGAGGGAGCAGCUUCCCUACAACUUCUGCCUGCCUUGAUUUUUUUUCUGCAUGGGACUUUGUGGUUAGGGAAAGAGUGGUUUCUGACAGCUUCUAUGGAGGAGUCUGCAUGUUAUUUGGGGCAAAUGGCUGUUAGAGCGGGACAUUGCCUCCGCACACAUUUUUUGGGAGAUUGGUAAAAAGAUCAUUAGUAUAAUCCAGAACUUCUUAAUUUCCUUUGGCUUCAAUGGGGGCAGAAAGGAAACUAAAACACCUUUUGAAGUCUUGUUGAUUUCACUGGAACAAAUCUGAAGUGCUCAUUUUUGGCUGUGUUGUGCUGGGUGUUGUACUUGCGGGGGGAGGGGAGCAAUCUUGCCUUACACACUGAAAAUGAGGUAUCUCAGUCAGGACCCCCUUUUCUGUGUAAAUGUGAACUGGCAGCUAGAUUGUCUUUACUUUUUUUAAAAAAAAUGGCCAAGUAAUUUAAAAAAGAACUCUUUUUGUGAUUUUCAAAUUGUACAUCCAAAUACAGAAGAGUUAUUAAUACCUUACAUUGAUUGCUGAUUGUUGGGAUUUAUGUGUUCAAUUGUCUUUAUCAUUUCUGUCAAGUUUUGAUUAAAAUCUAACUGUGG